AUGGAUGAAGAUAAGAGAUUUUCAAUCUUUUAUAUACGUAAGAAAUUCAAAAAAAAAGAGGAUUUAAACAAGAUGGAAUCCAGCAAAAUCAAAGUGGGUGAAAGUGAAAACAGAUUAUCCGGGAGCAAAGUUGUAGUAGCGAGAACCUCAGUCAAACGGAGAAAAAGUGAGAGAAUAAAAGGAAAAUGGCUUUCAAGGGUACCCGGAAACCCACCGGACAAGCCAAUAAUACUGGAUGAAUCGGACACAGAAGAAGGAUCACCUUUACAGGUUGAGCGUGUUAAAAAACAUAAAGAAACAAUAGACAGCAAAGUAUCGUCCACACAACAACCGCCUGCCGGUACCCUUCUGUCUGACAUUGCACAUCUCUUUCCGAACGUAAUGGAUAAAGAUGUCGUAUUACAGUCGGAACCAAACGAAAAAAGUGAAAUUCCCAUAUCCGCCACAAACAAAAAGGGAAACGAAACCGGUAAGAAGAGGAAGCACAAAGAGGCUGGAAUCAUACCGGAAGAAAAGAAAGCUGCGACUGUACAAACGGUUAAGCCGAUUAAAGAAGCAGCACACGAGGAAUUGGUGCACGAUGUGUUCGGAGUACCGAGAGGGAAUGAAGAAAUAAAGGAAGUAGCGAGGGCAAGGGCUGAUUUCCACGAGGUUGUGGCAGAAUGGAAAGCACAAUUCGAAAGUGAUCCUGCACGCUUGACGCCUGUUCAGUUCAAAACAUACAUGCAGGGGCAACAAGCGAGCGGACGGAUCUUUGUGUUGAACUUUUUGUUGUUCUACAACACACUUCUGGGAGAGACAACUACGAAUUCAUCAAUUAAUAUGAAGUUUUUACCAGCAUUGCAUCGAGGGAAGGAUAUCAAAAGUUUUAACUGGUGUGAGUACAUGAUCAGGUGUCUGAAUCGAACGGUGGAAGCAUGGACACCAAAGGAGCCCUUCCUUGGACCAAUGCCAUUGCUAGUGGCUGCGUUGAUACGUGACCAGAAGAUAUACAAAGAAGGUGAACAAAGAGCAGCGCAUCUCAUCGAAGAUAUCAAUGAUGACGAUAUCGAGGCAGUGAGCAUAAAGUUGGACUCGGUCAGAUUAGAUCAAAUCUUAGUGGAAGAGUACGAGUUGCAACCGGAACAAAGGUAUCCAUUUGCAAAAAAGAGUGAUGAUGACAUCGAAGCAGAAGUAGUGAAAACAAAGAAAAAAAAUGAACCGAAGGCUGAAAAACACAUUACCAAGUGUGUUCCUGAAAAAAAGAAAAAAACAUUCACUGAAAAGAAGCUGCCGAAAGCCGGAGAGGCUGGGAAGAAGAAAAUUUUAAAUGAAAGUGUUCCGGAAAAUGCGCGUGUUGUAGAAGAAAUACCGGUUAAUGCGGGUUUCCAAGCCGAUUUCGCAGAUUGCAUGAAUGAAGAAGCUGGCCAGGAACGAGUGCCUAUUAUAGAUACAUCCGAUAUAGAAAGAUACUACCGAGAAACCGGCGAGUGGGGACAAACACAACAAAGUCAGCCGGGAAUUAGCUCAUCUAUGGCAUCUCAAUAUGGAUCGACACCAGCGACACAAAGCGACGAGGUACAUGCGGGAAUGUUGGAGGUUUUCUUGAAUCAAUUCGACGAAUGUGUAAAAAGGAUAACCGACACUUUUACAGAAGGUUUCCAAUUGUACCCCCAAAGUGAAAAAAUCAAAGAAGUACACAAAUUGUGGACAGAUAAGUUGAAAAAGGUCGGAUCAACGUGUACGACAACCGAACAACCACAAACUCCUGAUGAUAAAACACCGGAAAAAGAGGCAAAUAAGGAGAAUUUGGAUAUGUCACAGUUGUCGCAGUGGACACCUUCAUUGGCCGAAGAGGUAUGCAAGACGGUUGACAAGACAACCACGCAGACGACUCAGCUUGCAGUAAUUGAGCCGCCCGCACAGAAGACUCAGGUUGACGAAAUGGAGAAGACCGCACUCGCCGUCACACCAAUCUCCCAGAAAACACAGGAAGAGUACGAAUAUACAAUUAGACGUGGGCGGCUAAUACACGAUCUGGACCUUGGAAAGCCGAAAAUAAGACCGGAAAGACAAACAGAGUUGACCGAUGCUCUAAGGUCACCUUACGUCAAGCGGGCAGUGUCGAUUAAGGCAAAGCUUGAAAACGCUGAGCUCUCCGUCAGCUCAUACAUGUUUUCAGCCUGGGGUUCAAUGUGGGAUGUUGUCUUCAGAACUAAGAAAGGAGUGCCGGUGAUGAGAUCUCCGCUCGAAUCAUUAUUGCCGGGAAUCGAGGUGCACAUAUUGGUAAUAAGCGCGUGGGCGGAUUUGUUGAAUUACGAAGAAAAAUUCAAGCUAAAGGGAAGCAUCGCACGCCUGUUCUGUUCAGUCAAUAUGUUGAAUGAAGACGACUACAUUAAAAAUGCAAAAUCAAGAGCAAAAACGUUCGGAGACAACAUGGAACCGGUUUUAGUUUCAGCUGAUGUCAAAAAGAUACCUGAACAUGCCCUCAUCUUUGUACCAGUCUUACACGAAGCUCAUUUCUAUUGUGUAUGCUUUAAUUUAAAGGACAUGAAGGUAGAAGUUUUGGACAACAGCGCUAAGGAUGUCUCAAUGCAAGCGAAAUACAAAAAAAGGCUGGAAAAAUUGCGUGAUGCUUUAUCGGUGUACUUGGAAAAAAAUGGGCAUCCGGCGGGCGGGGUGAUCGAUAAGGUUGAGCCGGUACGAUUGGAAAUGCCAUGGCGUACAAAAAAUAAUGUAAUCGAUUGUGGCGUCUUCCUGAUGCGCCAUAUGGAAACAUACAAGGGCGUAUCUGGAAAAGGUUGGGAAUGCGGAUUCUCAAAUGAGUGCACUGAUGCGGGUGAGAUUUCAUACAAGCAAAGCAAAGAGAUUGAUGAUCUCCGGCGUAAGUACAUUACGAAGAUGCUCCUAAGUGAAGGAAACGAGUACAGAGGUUUUGUUAAAGCCGAGGUUGCUAAAUAUAACAAGUUGUCGGCGGAUGAAAAAAAGAGGCUAGAAUCAAAAGCCUAUGACACAAUCCUUGCAAGAUUGGAUAACUAG